AUGGGGAACAAAUCGAGUUUACUUUUGCGUGAAGAGGAGAUCGCUCAGAUUCAAGAAGCUACUGGAUUCACUCCGAACCAAAUCGAACGGCUGUACAGCAGAUUUACGAGCCUAGACCGGGGCGACUGUGGAACUUUGAGUCGGGAGGAUUUUCUCAGGAUUCCUGAACUGGCGAUUAAUCCUCUCGGUGAAAGAAUUGUCAAUGCUUUCUUCGAGGAGAGCGGUAAUGACAGGGUCAAUUUUUUGCAAUUUAUGCAAGUUCUUGCUCUGUUUAGGCCUAUCAAAAAACACAGUCCCAAUAGGUUGAACUCUAGACAGGAAAAAUUGAGAUUCGCUUUUAAAAUGUAUGACUUAGAUAACGAUGAAAUGAUCUCCAAAGAUGAACUUUUGGCCAUUUUACACAUGAUGGUCGGUGCUAAUAUAAGUGAAGAACAACUCAACAGUAUUGUGGAAAGAACAAUAGUAGAAGCAGACGAAAACGGUGACAACAUGAUUUCGUUUGAGGAGUUUUGCAAAGUACUCGAAAGGACGGACGUCGAGCAAAAGAUGUCGAUACGUUUUCUUAGUUAG